UAUUGAAGCAGGUGGAAUGCGAAUAGAAACGCAGUGUGUUCUUUAAAGUUAAUUAAUAAACCGUAUUGAUUUUCCAACAGGUUAUUGUUCAGAUUUUAUUGUGCAUUCAUAAAUUUAGAAAUGUGAUACACCAGGGUAUACUGAUAGUUGGAACGUACUGUUGAAACGUAGGUUUAUGAGUCUUCAUGUUUAAAAAGCUUAAAUUUUCAAAUUUAAAGUGACAUGUAAAGACAAUUUAUAAAAUAGUGCUUUAAGAAAAUGGAGCAGGACCUUUUCCACAUAUGGCUGUAGUGCAACGGAAUAAUGGCCCACCAUCGAAGGGGUUUCAGCUUGAACAACUCGCCAACAACCAACGUGCAUUGGCCACAUUUCUUGACCGUGCAUAUGAACUUCUUUCUAGACAACUGGAGUUUUUCGAAAAGAUACAGAAGUUGGCCAAUGAGAGUUGCUCAGCGCAUAAUGCCACGAUUGAAAUGGUAAUACAAUUUUCAUCGACCAUUGAUUCCGUCAUCAAAACGUAUAUCCCCAAGGCGAAAGAUGGAAUAGAUUUUCAAAACCAAGAGUUGCUAGUGGAUGGUAUACAGCAGAUAACGGAACAAACAGAGACCCUAAAAGAAGUAACCAACAGAACCAAAUCAAGGUACAUGGACAUUAAACGAAGUGCACAUGAGCAAUGUACUGCAAUACGAUUGCAUAGCGAUAAAGUACGGGCGAAGGUUGCUAUCCCUCUGAAGCAAAUAGAAGACGAUUUGGAAGGACUAGAAAACAUACAAACUUCGGAAGUAUUAUUGACAUACCCAUGUAAACAAACUGAGCAAACGAUACAAGACAAAGGAUGGAAAUCUUCCCGGGCGACUUCAAGGCCGUAUCCAAUGAGACAACUACAGAUUAUUGUGAAUGCCCUUUUAUGGCCUCUUUCAAGAAUUUUGGGGUCGCUUUUUUUAUUGUUACCCUCACGGAUGCGCUUACAAAUAUCUUCAGCGAUGGAUUUAUGCACCAACACGUGGGUCGCAAUUAAAGGAAAAUGUAGAACAGUCAUACGUUUUACAAUAGGAAAACUCAGUAGAGUGAAAGAAACAACACAUCAAAACUGUCAAAAUGACGCUGAAGAGAACUCUCAACUUGGAACCACUGGUGAUACAUAUAACAACACUAUUGCGAAGAGGAACGAUCUUUUGAAUAAACAGGCUCGUUUGAAUGAGUUGAUUAUAAAUGCAGAUCCCUCCUAUAUCCAGAAAGCAUUGGAGCAAAUAGGAAAUGUCAUUAAACAGUUAAGAGACAUAGAAUUAUAUUGGGUCGACACAAUAAAUCAACUUAACGUGCUAAGACAAAGAUGCUACAGUUGGAUGACAGACGAUAUAGCAGAUGCAGAAGGUUUAAAAGAUUCCUUCUCUAAACUAGAGAAGGAAUUCCAAAGUAUAUUCGAAGGAUUUAGAGACUACAUUCAAGUUGCUUCACGAGAAGUAUCAACUCUUUUCAAAUUCCGGUUUUAGUCUUCACGAAUUAACAAAAAUACACGUAGCAUGGAUUCGUAUUAUAUUCGCCAUAUUUUUUGUGCCCGACAAAGACAUGUUUUAAAAAUGUAUUGGACAGAAUGCGCAGUAGAUAUGUUUAUUCUGUAUAUAGUGAGAAACGUAUAAUACAUGAAUUCGUUAGUCUUCGAUUCAACUGAAGGUAGUCGUGCUGAUUUUUACGUUACGAAUGUUAUUUAUCAAAUAAAACUUACGUUAAAUGUAAUUUUAACUUGCAAUUUAAAUUAAUGAAAAACAAUCACGACUAUAGCUAGAACAAGCGUGUCUCUUCUUUUUAAACAUUUGCCAAUAUCUAUGCAUUAUUCAUUUAAAUUUUAUUUAACUUUCACAUGUUAUGUUCGUUUACGCUUUUGAGUUGCUCAACGUACAGAAAGCAAACACAAUGCCUAUAUUAAAUUUUCAAGCAUUGAUGUUGUUAAUUUACUAAUACAUUGAACCCAAUAUAGUGUUAUAUGUUA